GCCCGCAGUUCACGAGAACCGAGAGCUCGGAGACACGGAGUUGCGGCGCGGGACUGGCGGGGAGCUCUCGGGCUCCUCAGCCUCCCUCCUCUCCCCUCCCUUCGCUGUCUUCUCCGUCUCAGCCGGACCGGAACUAUGUGAUCCCGGAAGUUCCGGGGCCAUUGCUGUGUGGGAUAAACAGUAAUGGCGGAGGCUGCGGCUCCCGGAACAACAGCCACAACAUCAGGAGCAGGAGCGGCAGCGGCGGCGGUGGCAGCGGCCUCCCUCACCCCUAUCUCCACAGUCGCUGCCUUGUCCCCGGGGGCGGGAGGAGGGGGCGGCGGCAGCGACGGCAGCGGCGGCGGCUGGACUAAACAGGUCACCUGCAGAUAUUUUAUGCAUGGGGUUUGUAAGGAAGGAGAUAACUGUCGAUACUCUCAUGACCUCUCUGACAGUCCAUAUGGUGUAGUGUGCAAGUAUUUUCAAAGAGGGUACUGUGUAUAUGGAGACCGCUGCAGAUAUGAACACAGCAAGCCACUGAAACAGGAAGAAGUGACUGCUACAGAUCUGAGUGCAAAACCAUCCCUUGCUGCUUCCUCAAGUCUCUCUUCUGGAGUUGGAUCACUUGCUGAAAUGAAUCCAGACGAAGCUGAGUCAAGAAACCCAAACUUUCCAACUGUAGGAGCAGGUUCUGAGGACUGGGUGAAUGCCAUUGAGUUUGUCCCCGGGCAGCCAUACUGUGGCCGUACUGCCCCUUCCUGCACUGAAGUACCCCCGCAGGGCUCAGUGACCAAGGAAGAGUCAGAGAAGGAGCCAGCUGCGGUGGAGACAAAGAAGCAGCUUUGCCCCUAUGCUGCAGUGGGAGAGUGUCGCUAUGGGGAAAACUGCGUGUACCUCCACGGAGACUCCUGUGACAUGUGUGGCCUGCAGGUCCUACACCCAAUGGAUGCUGCCCAGAGGUCACAGCACAUAAAAUCUUGCAUUGAGGCCCAUGAGAAGGACAUGGAGCUCUCUUUUGCUGUGCAGCGCAGCAAGGACAUGGUGUGUGGGAUCUGCAUGGAGGUAGUCUAUGAGAAAGCCAACCCCAGCGAGCGCCGCUUUGGGAUCCUCUCCAACUGCAGCCAUACCUACUGUCUCAAGUGUAUUCGCAAGUGGAGAAGUGCUAAGCAAUUUGAGAGCAAGAUCAUAAAGUCCUGCCCCGAAUGCCGGAUCACAUCUAAUUUUGUCAUUCCAAGUGAGUACUGGGUGGAGGAGAAAGAAGAGAAGCAGAAACUCAUUCAGAAAUACAAGGAGGCCAUGAGCAACAAGGCGUGCAGGUAUUUUGAUGAAGGACGUGGGAGCUGCCCAUUUGGAGGGAACUGUUUUUACAAGCAUGCAUACCCUGACGGCCGUAGAGAGGAGCCACAGAAACAGAAAGUGGGACCGUCAAGCAGAUACCGGGCCCAACGAAGGAGCCACUUCUGGGAGCUCAUUGAGGAGAGAGAGAACAACCCCUUUGACAGCGACGAAGAGGAGGUUGUCACCUUUGAGCUGGGCGAGAUGUUGCUUAUGCUUUUGGCUGCAGGUGGGGACGACGAGCUGACAGACUCUGAGGACGAGUGGGACUUGUUUCACGAUGAGCUGGAGGAUUUUUAUGACUUGGAUCUAUAGCAGCUUUGCGUGGCGUGUGAACUGGUCUGCGGAGCCUCAGACAGUAGCUGUCCCCUGUGCUGUGUGGCAGUGCGUGUGGCUCUCCUAGGCAGGCCUCUCAAACUCCAGGUGCUGUCGUGAUCACUACCCAGGGCCUGCUCCUCUCCCCCUCACCUUUCCCCAAGAGUGUGUUGUUUUCUCUGUUUAAAAAGUUACAAAAAUAAAUCUUAAAGUUAGUUUUUUUUUGUAACAUGAAUUAAC